GACGAGGAUAAACAUUGGAGUGGCAUUUCCAAGAUAGAGAGAGCUUCGUGAUAAACUGGGACUACAGAGAGAUGCCGAUCUUGCAUGCAUUCUAAUAGACAGUUAUCAAAGAGGAGGACCAUCAACAUCAACUCCUAGCAAGAGACAUGGAAUGCCUAUUCAAACCCUCUCGACCAUAGCACCAUCCAGUCAGUCCUCAUCAGAUAGAGAGCACUGCUUUCUGGAGCCUGGUAUUGAAGACCUUUCCAUGGCAGAAACAGAACAACAGACGCUAGAUGAAAGUUUUUCUAAGAUGAGUGUUCAUGAUGAGUCCACCUUUAUCCUGACUGAAGACGCUAAUGAUCUUCAAAACACAGUGAUUGACUGGCGAAACCAGGAUGAUAUGAAUGAUGAUGCAUGGGAAACAGCUAGUGAAGCUAGUAGUUCGGAUGAGGACUAUAUCCCAUCUAUUUGUAUGAGAACUGGUGGAGGAAAAAAAGCCUUGGACAUUAUUGAAGAGCUUCCGUUAAUCAGUCUGGAAGAGACGGUGCAUCUUUACACAGAAAAUGAAGUACCGCCCCAACGAGAAGAUUCUGUAGCAUCUCCUGCUGGCCUCCAAGUCUUGUGUGAGGAUGAUUUAAUUGGACAACGGGCAUCGAUAGUGUACGAAUCCAACUUGAAACAGCUGGUUACGUUUCUAAGGCUACCUUUUGUGAAGUGCAAUUUCACAAACAAUGUGACACAUCAGGCUUGCCAGGCUUCAGCACCAUUUGAAGUUAAUCUGACUUCAAGAGGCACAGGAACAAUCAUUGAAUGGAUAUGUUCCAAUGGUCACCAUAUAUGGAGGUGGAACUCACAGUCCACACUAAAAUACGGGAUGCAGGCAGGGGACUUUAUGAUGGCUACAAACAUCCUCCUGUCUGGGAAUAACUAUUAUAAAGUGUCCCACCUGUUCAAUUACAUGAACAUGGGCUUUGUUGGGAAGGACUCUUUCUUUAGCAUUCAAGACACCUACUGCCUAGGAGCAAUCAAGGACUUCUGGGAGGAAAAGAGAUCUACAGCGAUCCAACGUCUGCAGAAUAAAGAUGGUGUUGUUGUGCUAGCAGAUGGAAGAAUGGACAGUCCAGGACACUGUGCCCAGUACUGCACGUACACCACCAUGGAGAAUGAUACUAAGGAAAUCAUAUCUGUUGUGACUAUUGACAAAAGGCAGACCCAGCGAAACUCUGUCAUCAUGGAAAGAGAGGCUUUUGUAAGCACCAUGGACAAGCUUCUGACAGAAGUAAAGCUCACAGAAAUAUAUCCUAGAUCUGGUAGAUACAAGGACUCUGGAGUACUUCACUCAUGGGAUAUGUGGCAUGGAGCAAAGAAUCUGGCCAAGAAGAUCACUGCAGCAGGACAGCUGUCAGGACAAAAGGUCCUGCUGCAGUGGACAAAAGACAUUGUUAACCACUUCUGGUACUGUUGUAAGACAGCAGAGACGGAAGUGCAAUUCCGGAAACUGUGGAGCAGUGUGCUUCACCAUGUUACGAAUGAGCACAAAUGGUACCUUGGCCAUUGCUUGCAUGAUCGCCUGCCAGAAAAUCAAGAGAAGGAAUGGCUGGAGAGUGGGUCACAGGCUCACAAGGCACUAGAAACUAUUGUGCUCAACAAGAGAUGGCUGAAAGACGUGCACCGAUAUCUGCCUUUCAGAUCAACCUGUCAGCUGGAGUCCUUUCACAACCACAUCCUGAUGUAUGCAAGCAAGCGUUUCAGUUUCUCGCCGUCCGUGUAUGAGGCAAGGACUCUCCUGGCAGCCCUGGACUACAACCACCAUAAAAACCGACCACCACUGUCUAACAAAGAGGGCCAAAUGAUCUUUCGUCGACAAUACCAAAAGAAAUCUGGGAGAUGGACUGUCUACACCCUGAAAGUUGUGAAGGACUACAGCUACAUCCCUGAUCUGCAGGCAGCCAUUUUGAGGAAAAGACUGCAUUCUGAGAGGGGGUUGCCAAGACGCAGGAUUCUACGUCCUGAUGACCCUAGGACACUCGGCCUCCUUCCAAAUGUUCCCCCUCCGUCCAUAGACACCAUUAUUGAGUUCCAUGUCAGCAGAGGCCUAGGGACCAGCUCUACACAGCAUGAGAUGAGGGAGUAGCUCUGAAUCCUUGUUCAUCUGAACCCCAGCGCUCGAUUCCCUCGUCAACUGAGCAAGCUGGACUUGAUUUUUUGUUAGGACACUUAUGCACCAAAAUAUGCAAUUUUUCAACGCAUUACAAGUGUAAAUA